AUGAAGCUUCAAGCUAUCUUCACCUGGGCCAGUGCUUUUGCUGUCGCCCUGGCUGCUCCAGUCACGCCUGACGACAAAUGCUCUGCCCUCCGGUUGCUCUUGAACGACCAGCAACACAGUGAUGCCAGCAACUGGUGUUCAUCACAUCUUAAAACCGCUACAGUUAGCAGCGGGGCUGCGAGUGCCAGUGCCAGUACGAUCACCGCAGUUGUCACGUCAACCAAGAUAGACACCAUCACGUCGGGGUCGACAAGAACUGUAUACACAUUCCUUUCGGGUAACCCGCCGACGAGCACCUCACACGCGUCGUCUCAGACCGACGACCCCAUCAACAAGAGACAGCCAUCGGGUGACUCUUCCCCUACGCCGACUGCUUUUGCUUCGUGGAUCGCGGGCCAGCCAUCUGCUGGCGUCUCAGCCUUGUGCUCUUGUCUGGGUGUAUCUGGCGCAGGUGGAAAUCGGUCAAAGGCCACGACCCCAGUCACCACAACGGUAACCCAGACCAGCACGGUCACAAAAUCCACCACUGUGGCCCCGGCAGCAUCGACGAGCUCUGUCUGGCCGUGCGCUAGCCCAUUCCCAACCCUGACGCCCACGUCCCCGUAUGGCAAUGCAAGCAUCCCGAGCAAUCUUUCCACCGAAAAUACACUGUACAACAAAGGCGACUCCACAGCCGGGGCCUCAGCCCAGGCAUGUUGCAAUGCCUGCUAUUUCGAUCUGCCCAACUGUGUCCAGGCAUACUGGUACUCGUAUGAGGGAUGUGUGGUGUCACAGGCCACCAACGCGUCGAUACCGCAUGUUGCUUCCGGACAUGAUACCAGCAGUGUCUGCCCAGCUGGUACAUUCACUGGACUUUCGUAUUCAAACGAUACCAAUCCAGCCUUUAGGAGCACAGGAAAUAUUGCCGGGCCUUGUGGCCAAGUCUAUAAUAACUUGUAG